AACUCUAUGCUGAUAUAAAAAAACAAUUAAAAGAAGCUGAAAAAGAACAUGAAAAACUCCAAAAAGAAAAUGAGAAAGAAAAAAAAAAGAAUAAAGAACUUGAAGAAGAAAAUAGAAAAUUAGAAAAAACUAUUGAAGAACUUAAACGAGAUUAUGAAAUAGAAAUUAAUCAAUUAAAACAAAAAAUUAAAGAUAAAGAUGAUGAGAUUAAUAAUCUAAAAAAUGAGCUUGAUAGAUAUAAAAACAAAUUUGAAACUCAAAAAAAUAUUAUUAAGAAAUUAGAAAAUGAAAAAGAUGAAUUAAAAGAUCUUUAUGACCAAUGUAAGAGAAAUCAUGUGAAUUAUGAUUCUGUGAAGAACCAGUUAGAAACU